CUUAAUGUAGUAUGGCCGUCGUUGGGAGGUAUUCACAGUUUUACUUCCACAAAGAAUACGCGAUAAACAUUGCUCAGAGCGAAUUACGAAAGACAUUUUUAAACAAAUACUUUACGAGAGUGAGAUAAACAAUAAUCAAUAAACAAAGUGUUAAUGUUUGAAUAGCAUCGGUACGUUUUAUAAUCGCGACCUCCUUUAAUAAUUUACGGUUUUCUCCGAAAUAUUCAAAAUGUGGUUAAUAAGUCAGGCUAAUUCUGUGAUCCUUGAAGUUAAGGCUGACCCCAAUUCCAUUGGACAGGAGUGCCUUGAGAAGGUAUGCGAGAAAUUGGAGAUCGGCGCUGAGGCCGACUAUUUUGGACUACGAGUGAACUCAGGCUCAGGACCGGGGAGAUGGUUGAACUUGAGGAACCCGUUAGACCCUCACCGCAUCCCUGGAGGUCGGCUGGACCUACGAGUCAAAUUCUGGGUGCCCCCACAUCUGCUGAUUAACGAACCGACCCGCCAUCAGUUCUACCUUCACGCUAAAUUAGAUCUGACUGAAGGUAGACUGGUCGUAGCUGAUUGGGAGGUAGCCAGACGGAUAAUAGCUUACAUAGCACAAGCGGAGACAGGAGACUGCGACCCAGAUGUCCCACCCACUCAUAUUUAUGAAGAGUGUGACAAAAUUGGACCACAGGGCGAGAAACCGGAAGAUCACAUGGAGAAAAUAAUAGACUAUCAUUGCGAAAUUGCCGGCAUGAGGGAAUCACAAGCGGAAUAUAGGGUUCUUAAAGAAAUUUCCAACCUUGAGUCCUUUGGCGAAGAGCUAUUUUUCUGCAAAUCUGUAAACGAGAGCAACAACGCACAUAAUUUGUACAAUCAUCUGCUAUACCAUAGACCACAGACGGAGGAGCCGAGGGCUAGGGAAUCUGACCAGGAGAUAGAUGGUGGGGCAACCGUUGGUUGUUUAGCAUCGGGACAGACUGGCGGUGGCUGUGGAUGCAGAUUGAGUACCAGUGUUGGUGUGGGACCUCAUGGGAUCGUGGUGUACCGACCAGCGUGCAAUGGCGAGCAGGAAAUAGGUGUAGAAAAACAAAGUAUACCAUAUACGGCGAUCCAUCGGGCGCAACCACUCCGCCGGUUCUUCCAGCUGUCAUACGUGACUGCUGACGGCAAUGUAGCACCACUACACGUCAAGAUGGCGACGUCGGGCCAAGCGGCCGCGUUGUACCGCGCCGUCACUGAGAAGCACGCCUUCUACUGCUGCGAGACAGUCCGCAGCGAUGUCACUGAACAGUUCAUUAGGGAUCUCAAGGGUACAAUAGCGUCGAUCUUCAACGACUCGUCGACGCUGGGCCGCCGCUACGUGUUCGACAUCCGGCGCACGUGCCGCGAGGUGCACGACCGAGCGCGACGCGCAAAGCACGCGCACGCGCUCGUCGCCGCGCACGAGCCGCGCCCCAGGAGACGAUCCAGCGCCAGCAACGACAACAAGGAGUUCCGCUCAAGAUCACGAAGCGGCGGUGGCGAGACGCUGGCGUGUCGUGUGUGUAUGGACAACGGGAUGGAAACCGUGUUUCUUCCGUGUAGACACGUCGUCUGCUGCGGAGAAUGCGCACCCAGAUGCAAUCGUUGUCCUCUAUGCCGCAGUGAAAUAGAGAGCGCGUUGCAUAUAUUCUUCCCAGUGGAGUACCAGAAGAUGGCGAACACGAGUAUUAUUGUUAAAUGAUACACAAUACUAACGAUUUGAUGGACAAAGCAAUAUGACAUCCGGAUCGGAAUUUUACUAGUUACUUUAACUAACGGUUGGACAGGGAGUUAUAAGUUGACGGGGUCUGUGUACCAUUGAUUUUGUCUAAUAAGGAUCUUAAUUAAUGUUGAUUUGAAACAGUUUAGAAGAAAGGCCUUACAAUUUUUUAUAUUAUCUACAUGUAUUAAAAAAAUAUAAAGUCAUUAUUCCAUAUUCAAAAAUUUAUAAUAUAAAAUUAAAAAAUCAAUGCUAGUGUUUUUUAAUUAGCUAUAUAGACAGACAAAGGUUUAUAUACCAUACAGCCUGUAUUUAUAUAAAAUCUAUACAUAUAUUGCAAUUCAUUUUUCAAUAAUCAAUUUAAAGGUAAUUAUUAAAAAUAAAAUGUUAUGAUUCCAUUUUCAAAAUGCCUUUUGUCCUUUCUUAUAAACUGUGUCUAGUUAUGUCAUCGAAUUGGUCUGUUUGUAAAUGAAUUGGUUUUUAUUAUGGUGGUGUUAUUUUUGAUUUUUAAUUGCAUAAAUUUAGAUCCUUCAUUAGAAUUGGAUGUGUUGAACUCGGGUGGCGUGUAUUGAGUGAACUCUUAUUAUAGAACUACAGUGAGUGUGAUUGUUUAUGCUAGUCAGAACUUGACUUUCAGUUUAUGUUCAUAAAUGUGCAUUUUUUUUUCUUUAUUGAUUAUCUGUAUUCGGGAUUGUUAAUGUUAAUCUAUACACUGCAUUCCAAUUACAAAAAUGAUUGUAUUAUUUAAUUGGUACUUAUUCUUUAGUUUCAUUUUUUAAAGAUAACAGUUAAAUAGGUACGUCAAAUUGAAACCGUAAUAACAGUAGCAUAGAAUUAAAUUUGAAAGUAAGUUUUAAAUCCUUCGUUUUAGAAGGCGCGGUAAUUUUAAUACUUCUACUAAAAAUGUUUGUUAAAUAUCUAAAUUUACUGGGAGAGGAACAGGGAGCGAGAAAUUGCAUUUUUUAUAUUCUUGCCUUUGCAGAGACGAAACUGUUUUUCUUUUUUUAUGUUGAUAAUAAAAAAAUCUUUAUUUUUAUUUUAACAAAUAAAGUUUUACGGUAAUUAAUUAUUUUAAGUUAAAAUUCGUAAGACCUAUGGUCUGUAAGUAAUUAACAAUAAGUAAAGAAUAACAAAAAAAAAAAAGAGUUGAUCUAUGGAAUAAAAAUGAACUUAC